CGUUUUAAUGCGCAACGGACUCGGACUGGUCUAAAGACAGGAAGGAAGGAAGCUCUUUGCAUUAAAUUACCUGUCGGCAGAAUUUUGAGGUUAACGAGUUCAUAGCUUAUAGCUUACAGCUUACAGGGCUCAUUCUAGAAGGAUCGGAAGGAUUCCAGCUAACAGGGAUGAGACGGAUAUAUUUACGAUUUUCUUCGAGUAGAGUAAGAUCCAGAUUCCAGAUUCCGGAGCCAAAUGACUUGUACGACACAACUUCAAUGGCAUGACAACCUGUUGAGAAAAUUCGUUAACCCAGUACCUGUCGGCUGUAAUGCGAAUUCGCUCGGCAAUAAGAGAAUUAUUGGGACCGUUAGACCAAAUACAGGGUCAUACAUGUGACCGAAGAGAUAUUCACGAAUUUUACCGAGCUCUGCAGUCCAGCAAUCUUGGGAUUGGAUAACCUCGGACUGAGCCAUGCUGGGGGUAGGGAUGGGUGUGUCCAAUGAGACUGCAGCGAGUGGUCUUCGUCGGUAUCGUCCGAGUCUUCGGAUAUCGUCCAGAUUAUUUUUGACAGGAGAGGAAGAUGGGGAGUUUGGAAGAGAGGGAGACGACGAUUAGUGUGGGCGAAGCGCUUGGAGGUCAGGGUGGCUUUAGAAGGAGUUUUUUACUUCUUCCAUGUGAAACGAUGUUCCUUGUCGGGACACAGGAAGGAGAAGGAACCGCAAGACACCGUAAUCCAUGUACAUGUGGUCCCGAGGCCAUCCGAAAGUUCAUUAAGUUCCACUCUGAGCGACUCGGGCUUUAAUGUAGGUGCUGGAGAUGGGCGACGGUGUUGGAACGAUGUUGUCUUCUGCUGUCAUAGGGUGUUCCAUUCAAUAGGUAAAGCAGUUUCGACAGGCGGACAUUUGCUAUACUCCAGGACUGUCGAAAUCAGACUCAUUGCUUCAGCGAAAGGUCUGCUUGGUUUGGUACGCACAGCUAUGAUGGAGUGAUCGGAGUGUGACAUGAAGUGUAUCGGGGAGCUUUGCCUAGUAGAUGACAUCGUUAUUGUGCUGGGGACUGAAGAACGCGGUUAUACGACUUUCGGUGUGAAGUGUGGGUGGUGAGAAGGGCGUGAUGGUUGACGUUUAGAGCUGAGCUUUCUUACCUAAGGCUGCUUCUGAUCAGACAGUGACUGGUCCAGAAGUUUGGAUAUAAGUUUUUUGAUGGCUAAAGGCAGCUGCAGCCUUCUCCAGAUUUAAAGCGUACGAGUCCAGUGCAGGGAUUCUGUCGAGAUAUAUGCUCCACCCAUGUUCAUUGGGUGAAAGGAUGCACAAACUUGGGAUGUGAACUUCUCGUCACGAGCAAGUCUUUUCUCGAUAAUAACGCUUAUAUCGAAGGGUCGAUGCACUGUGAGUGCGUUUUCUAACCGAGAGGAAUCUGACCACAACCACCUUUGGAACCAAAGUUGAGCUGAGAAGGAUUUUAGAACAUAUCGAUUACCGCUUAUUCAACUUCUCUCCUUCUGCUAUCAUUUCAAAGAGCUCAAAAUCUCCGCACUGUGGCAGCGCGCGUCAAAGUCGUGCCGGUUGAAACAGCUCCAAGACCUGGUGAUAAAACCUAUGAAAAUCCCGAACACAAAGUGAUUCGGGAGUCAGGACGACAGAAGGUCCCAUAAUUCAAAGCCUUCUCCAGAGUCUUCUGAAGUCGCUGCAAAAUGGCGAAUCGUGCUGCCGAAGCUAGCAGCUCAUACAACUUCAAGGUUCGUGGAUGCAUAAAGUCCACCUCUGGUCCGUGGAUAGUAAGGAGACCUCCCACCAAGAAUUCCGGCCGAGGCGCGACUUCUGUACUUAGAAUGCCUUCUCCUAGGGAACGGGAGAACAACAAAAAGAGAGAGAGGAGAAGGAGAGCAGUCGCAGCUCGCAUUUUCGCUGGCCUGAGGCAGUAUGGUAACUACAGGCUACCGAAACACGCAGACCACAAUGAGGUUUUGAAGGCUUUGUGUGCAGAGGCUGGAUGGAUCGUGGAGGAAGACGGCACAAUAUACCGCCAGGGACACAAAACCCCUGAACUUAAAGCUGAUCUCCAGGAGAGCGAGGUCAUCAACGUAAACUGCACAUGUGAAAUACAAGAGGCGGCUCUUGAUUCCGACGGACCCGAGUCGGCGCUAGAUCGCUUCAAAUAUGAGACGAGCACUCCUUCUUCGUCAUGCGGUCAGAGCGAUGAGACAACAUGCUCUAUAAGAUCCAGAAAUAGUGGUAGAAACAACUGUGAUCAACCGACUGUUGCAGGAAUCUGUGAUUACGACUUGAAUCUUAGUGGGACAGAAGGCGAUUAUGAAGAGCUUGACCAAGUUGCUGUGGAGAACGAAGAGAGUACAGUCAUGAUGUCGGGUCUUCCAGAGCCAAAGAAUUUAGAGACAAGUGCGGAAGAUUGCGACACGAAUAUCGAGUUCUUCAUAAAUCCAGAAUCGCGACCAAUGAACCUUCCUAAAUCAGAAAGGUCCACUGGAGAAUGCAACGCUUCAUAUCAUCAAGAAUUUCAGUUUUUCGCUGGUCUUUUCCCUGGACCUAGUGACCUACUCACUGCAGCUCUCGCCGUUGCUGAUGACACACCGAGCUGCUGUGUUCGUCCAACGAGAGAUCUGAAUUCACCGCCUAUAUUUGAGGGAAGCACGUCAACUGAGUUUCCGAAUGCCGUUAAUUGCAGUCUGCCUCCCGCGCCGUCGAUGGAUAAUACCUUUAUUAAAAAGGAGAGCUAUAAUGAUCAGAUCUAUCUGAAGAAUAUGGGCAGACAGGACUCGACGUGGAUUCCUGCAUGUAACGACCACAAUGGUCGGAGUGGAGAUGCCGAUUCAUCCCCUUCAUCAUCAGAUACGCCUGAGCUCGAGCUCUUAUCCAGCGGUGAUGUGAUGAUUGAUUCGACGAGCCCAUGCAGGAUGGACGCGGGCCGCGUAAGCUGUUCUGAUGCUAGCGACUGCCCUUGUGCUAUUUCUGAUGAGACCCCAUUGCAAAGCUCAGUUUCCAAUGGCUUACUUAUAGCGAGAAACUAUCGAGUUCCACCAGUCUCAUACGCAGGUAUCCACAGACAUCUGACGCUCCAGCAUUUGGGUCCAGAUCAAGGGUAUCUCCUCGAUCGGAAGAAUGGAAGUAGUUCAGCACUCAGCAAUCAGCGAUCUAUGCAGUCCACCCGUGAAUAUAGCAAUUGGAACGACCUCACCCACCGCGCUUCUGGCCGAGGUGGUCAAACGGCAGCAGCCACCAACAUAGGCCACCAUCAGUCAGUAUCGAUCACAACAGCUGCUUCCAAGCCCUUUGAUAAGACUGCUUUGUAUGAAUUUUCUCCAGGUACGGAUUUCCAUGGUCAGAACAAACAGCAGUACCGCGGGCCCUUGAUAUUACCACCGAAGCAGCAGCAGCUGCAGUCAGCACCACCGGUGGAUGCCCUGUCCCUCACCCUUUGCACAUCUACAGGCUCUACCGGUCUUAGCUCAGAAUAUCCAUUUUGCUUUAUCAAACGUCAUAUUAAGCUUCCCAUCCCCCAAACUUAAUCGUGUACCCUCUUUCCUCAAUAUCAUUAUCUCCGACUGAAUAUUAUAGUUUCGUGUUUCAAACGCCUCAUCAUUGAUAUAAAACUCGCCUUUUUGCAUCGGCAAACCAUGAUAAUUAUGGGGUAAUAACGAAUGUGCGUUUAAAUUGUAGAUUCAUUUCUACCAAGAAAGUUGAUCAGAAAUAUAUGUGAACGAUUUUGUGAGCUGCUUUUGUCGACCUUAACAUUUCAACUGUAAAUUAGUUGCAACUCUUAUGUCGAGUUUGUCAGCAGCGUGUUAGCAGCAAAGGGCAGUGGCGAAUGCCAUUCUCUGAGCAUGGGCUGAGAUGCUGUUUGCAUACGCCCUAUUUCGAUCAGUUGAUCAAAUUGAACCAAAUUUUCUAACCGCAUCAAACCUGAAGAAGGUUCAGUUUUAUGUUUCUUAACUUCAAGCUGAUUUUGUAAAAUUAUGCUCUUGUGCAAGCAAAAUAGGUGUGCUGUCUGCAGACUCCUUGGUUUUUAUUUAGAAGUUUCGGCUUAUGUUCGACCUAUGCUUCGGCUUAUGCUAUGACUAGUGUUUCGACUUAUGCCUUUCGACUGUCCCAAAUCCACAUGAUUCAGAGCUCGUAAACUAAUAAACGGAAUGCUUCAACAGAUUUCACCAGGAGAGAUUGUGUGCAUUCAUAAGGUGAUGCAGCCAAAGCAGAAAACUGUUACAAUAGAUAGAACAGAAAAAUGGGUAUCCUUUCACGAAAUGAGGUAAGGAGGCCAUCCCUGCAGAAACGGGAAGAUUAGGAAGAAAAGCACGAAGAACAAACUUUGCUUCUUCAUGUAAAGAGAUUAAAGUUGAAUCUAAUUUUUCCUAUAACAACCACGGAUAUUAACCUGUUGACUUUGUGGAUACAAAAUCUUUUUGUAUCCACGACGUCAGUUAUUAAGUCAGUUGUCAUAGAAAAUUGUUAUACUUGUAUUUCUUAAUAGCUUC